ACUAGGGAAACGUUCAUGAUAAUGAAAUAGAAAAUGCUUGCAGGGACGAUCUGCUACAGCUGUCAGAAGAAGUACAAGAACUGCUCUUGCAAGACGUGUCAAAGGUGUGAUACCCCAUUUCAGACGUCGCUCGGUCUCGUAAAGGCCAGAUCUCACUGUCGAAAAUGUAACUACGCAGUCUGCUUACAUUGUUACAGACCAGAAGUAGGAGACAAGAUAUGCAACGUGUGCAGAACAGAACAAAAGCGUGCUAAACUCCAGCUCUGGCAUUCGAUAACACCUUCUUCUGAAAUGAAACGACUCAAACUACAUCUGACCCAAGACAUUGCCGACCCAUCUGAAAUGGCUACUGCUGCUGUUGCUUCGAUGUCGGACAAUGAGAGGAAACAAUAUCUGUUGGAUUCGGCUAGAGAAGGGAAUCACCAUGUCAUGAUGACAUUGCUCGAAGCUGGUACAGACAUCAACACAUCAGAUUCGAAUGGAAAUUCGGCUCUCUUCCAUGCGGUCGAAAACGAUCGUGUUGCAUGUGUUGCUCUAUUGAUGGAAAGGAAGGCUGAUAUUCACAUUAAGAACAAGGAGGGUUGGACUUCACUCCAUGCAUUGGCUAGGAAUGGUCACUCUGUGGAAUGUGCAGAAUUGCUGAUUCAGAUGGGAGUGGACAUAUUUGACCGCUCUGAUGAAGGUUCUACUGCUUAUGAUUUGGCGAUACAGUCACAGCAGUCGGCUGAACUAGAAAGCUAUCUGGCAAAACAACAGGUGGUUGUAGCUGUCAAGCAGCUGAAAUCUCACAUAAGUGACCAGAAAGCUGGUCGAUUGUCAGAGGAAGAUUGCAUCCCGACAAACCUGUGCACCUAUAUUGCUGCUCUAGUUGAACACUAUGAGACCCAUAAAGAAAUUUUAUUUGGGACAAAGGCAGAGGCCACAAUCAAUAACAGCCGGACACCGAAACCAAUGGAACCACCUGUGGUGGAGAAUGACCCUACUGAGACCAUAACUGGUCAUGGCAAGUGCAGCCAACAGGAUAGCGCCACUGGCCAGGAAACCCAACAAAAUGACAAGGGGUCUCAUUUGGGCUUGUUUCAAGAUAAUGCAGCAAAAAGAAUAGACAGAACGACCCCAACGGUUGAAGAUGGUCGUGUACGUGAGUUGCAGCAAGAACUGGAAGACCUUCGUGCUGAGAAUGAAGAAUUAGAGGAGCAGAACCAAUCUCUUAUCGGAAACGUGGCCAAUGCCAACGCAGAGCAUCACAGAGAGCGAAAGAGGCUGCAAAACCAACUGAGAGAGAAAGAUAUUACUCUAGAAAAGACUGAAGCCAAGUAUAAGAACUGCAUUGCGAAGAUCGAAAAAGACACUGCAAGUGUCCUACAGCAGAUGAAGCAGCAGUUGGAGGAGGCAGAUGUUGCAAAGGACGAUCUACUGGUGCUGCAGCAAUCACUCAAGCUAACGUGGGUACCCGACCGAUUUGUCACUCAGUGUGCUAACGAAAAAUGCGUCAAGCCGUUCACUCAAACUCGGAGACGGCAUCACUGCAGGUGUUGUGGUCGUGUUUUCUGUCGCACAUGCACAAUGAGAAAAGCUCUACUGCCAACAUUGGGAUAUAGCCGUCCAGUCCGAGUGUGUAAUGUCUGCUAUGCUUUGGUCGAUACCCUCGUUUCUCAAACAGCAAUCACAGAUCGCCCAAUAGGCGAAAGUGACGAAAGUGACUUUGAAGAUUUGUCAGUGGAAGUGGCCGCAACAUUUCACAAUGCAAGCAACAACAGUGGCCAUUAAGUUUAAGAAAAAGCUAUAUUUUAGUAUUAGACUAGUUUAUAUGCUACCUUGCUUAAACUGUAGUUGCCGAAAUUUCUUGAACAAAAUAUCAGUUAUUAAUUGA